UCAGCGGAUCCGGCUGGCCCUGCCGGCGGGCGGUGGGGCCGCGCCCCGCCCCGCUCCCGCUGCAGCCCCGAGCAGCCGAGCGGCACCGGACCGAGCCCGGCCGAACCGGACCCAGCGGCGCCGGGCGGAGACGAUCCGCGCCGCGCCGAGCAGCGCCAUGGGGCUGCUGGAGCGGCUGCGGAAGGAGUGGUUCAUCCUCGGCAUCGUGCUGGUCAUCGCUGUGGCGCGGCUGGAGCCCGGAGUCGGCGUCAAAGGCGGACCCCUGAAACCAGAAAUUACCAUAACUUACAUUGCUGUUUCAGCUAUAUUCUUUAACAGUGGACUCUCCUUAAAAACUGAGGAGCUGACAAGUGCUUUGAUGCAUGUGAAACUACACCUUUUUGUCCAGAUUUUUACACUUGUGUUCUUCCCAACAGCAAUAUGGGUCUUUCUUCAGCUGUUAUCAAUCACACCUAUAAAUGAAUGGCUUUUAAAAGGCUUGCAGACAGUGGGCUGCAUGCCACCUCCUGUGUCUUCUGCUGUAAUUUUAACCAAAGCUGUUGGUGGGAAUGAGGCAGCUGCAAUAUUUAAUUCAGCUUUUGGAAGUUUUUUGGGCAUUGUUAUAACUCCACUUCUGCUUUUGCUUUUUCUUGGAUCAUCCUCCUCUGUGCCUUUUACAUCCAUAUUCUCGCAGCUGUUUAUGACUGUUGUAGUCCCUCUUAUUAUUGGACAGAUUGUCCGAAGGUACAUCAAGGACUGGCUUGAAAGGAAGAAGCCUCCAUUUGGUGCCAUCAGCAGCUGUGUGCUCCUGAUGAUCAUCUACACAACGUUCUGCGAUACUUUUGCCAAUCCAAAUAUUGACCUGGAUAAAUUUAGCUUGAUUAUAAUCGUGUUCAUAAUAUUUUCUGUUCAGAUGAGCUUCAUGUUUUUGACUUUCCUCUUCUCCACAAGGCAUAACUCUACUUUCACACCAGCAGACACAGUGGCUAUUGUUUUCUGUUCCACACACAAAUCCCUCACCCUGGGGAUUCCCAUGCUGAAGAUAGUAUUUGCAGGUUAUGAAUACCUGUCCUUAAUUUCCGUCCCUUUGCUCAUCUAUCAUCCUGCUCAGAUCCUUCUUGGCAGUCUGUUGGUACCAACAAUAAAAUCCUGGAUGGUUUCUAGGCAAAAGGCACUGAAACUAACCAGGCAGCCCAAAGCACCUGUGAAGGUAUAAUUGUGGAGAUGGCCUGUGUCACAGUGAAUGUAUAUAUGUACUAUACUGUACACACGGACAAUUGACACAGCUGGGUUUUGUGAAUGUUGCUUUAGUGCAUAUUUUAUUUUUUUAUAUAUAUCUAUAUACAUAUAUAUAUAUAUUAAAAGAUACCUGUUAAGUGCCUUACAGAUGCAUUUUUGGCAAAAGCAUUGUUUUCAGAAGCCACUUUGUUGGUUGCUGCAAGAGGUUGUACAGUAUUUUGGAGUCCAUUAGUUUAUUUUUCUAACCGAGUGAAUGGUCAUGACUGACAGCUGGUUCUUCCAUUGCCCCUGCUUUGAAGCCAGGGUGCACCAGCAGCAAGUCUCUGUUUUAAACUAGCCAAGAUGACCAGGAGCCUAUCCCACUGCUGGCUUACCAGCUCUUCUCUUGGGGAAGAGCUUUCUGAAGGUUUUUUUUCUGAGAUUGACUUGAAUUUCUGUGUGACUCUGUUACACUCCCUAGUCAUAUGACUGUGACAUGCCUUUUUCUUCUGAGUUUGUGUAUACUCAGCAUGGGGCCAUCCAAUGGAUAGAAGCUGAAAAGCAUGAAUUAUUUGCAUUUGUUGACACAGUUGUCUAGACAUUCCUUCAAAGUUAAUGGUAUCUCAAGAAAAUUCUUUCAAUUCCAUUGUAUGAUAUUGUGCCAUUGUAUAUCUUAAAUGCCUCAUAAGCUUCUUCAAAGAAAUGGUCUGGUGCUUGGGUUAUGAGUGAAGUAUUUGUGUUUGCAGCUAGGAGAUCUUUUUAUCAUUUACCCCUAAAGAACAUGAAUUUUUGGUUCUCUUUUUUUUCUUCUCAUUCCCCCUGUGCAAUGCACAGAGACCUGCACAGAGAAUUUAGGAUGCUGAAACAGAGCCUUUAUUGUAGUAAGCCAAGCUAUGUUUUCUCUGUUACUGCAUUGGUAAUGAAUGGUAGCUUAUGAGGACAAGAAAGUUGACAAUUUAUUAGUUUUUUGCUAAUUAAAAGGAUCCUUAUAAUAACAGAAACGCUAUUUUAGCUCAUUUGACAAUCAAUCACAACUUUUUAAAAAACAAUAUUACUCUUUCUAUUAAACAUAGAUAAAAAAAAAGAAUAUAAAAUACUGUUUCUAGGUGUUGAAGAGAAAGGAAUGCAGGCAUAUAUUUAAACAUGCAGCCAGCACUGUCUGGGAGAUGAAGAUUUCAGAAACAUGCUCUAGUCCAGACUGGGGCGUGUGCCCCUGUGCAAAAACUGUGCUGGCAAUUGUGCAUCGAAAUAUUAAGUAAGGAAAGGAAUAGGUCAAUGUGGGAUCAAUAUAAAUGCAGAGCUUCCAUGUGUGUCAUGGUUAACAUUGCAGCUAAAGGUGUGGCUGAGUGCAAACACUUCGCAGCAAGUCUGUAGCAAAUGUAGAUUAUCAGAGCUCUGAUAGGGCUGUAAGCCUUUACACCAGCUGAAGAUCUUCUAUGUGACAACAGGCAUGUGAAAUUCAUAUCCUUUUGCCUUACUUAAAACCAAAAAAUGUGCUUGGUUUACCUAGUCUGUUACUUCCAGUCCUGUGAACAACAGGAGAAAAGUAAUCUGGUACAAUCCUCGGUGCUUUAUCUGAUGGCCACUCCCUGUUGCCAUCUGUAUGAGAAGCUGCAGGGAGCUGACAGCCCCACCCUGCUCAGAACUGGCACACCAAUAAAAGGACCAUGUGACAAACUUAUGGGAGGUGGCACAUGCUGAAUUCUUUCCUUCCCUGGAUGGGGGAUCAAGCUCUCCCUGCUGAACAGGCAAGAGGGCUGAGGGACACUGUCCACUGCCCAUGUGCCCAGGGCUCUGCUCUCUUCCCACUGGGCAGUGGGCAGUGAGCUCACAGUUUGAUCAGUGCAUCCCCAGGCAGCACAAGCCUGCUAGGAAAUGGAGAGUUCCUGGGCCAAAUUCAAGGUUCCACUUCCUUAGGCAUUCUAAGUGGUAACUGGUUCCAUAUGGGAAAAAAUUCCUCUGGGUUUAAAAACCCCUCUUGUAGCAGGGGACAAUGAUCGGACUCGGGACAGUUUCUUUAUGUUCUACUUCCAUAAACCUGAAUUUCCAGAGAAUAUAAAGACUUAAUCCCAAUCCCACUGAAAUCAAUGACUCCUUCUGUUGGUUUGGAAUGGUGAGACAACAGGCCCAGAGGCAGUGUUCCCUUUUCAAAAUACAUAGCAGGAGUUCAAGGAGACAGUAGCUGACUUUGGUUGCGUCAACGCUAAAUAAUCAGAACACUGCAAGUACCCUUACUGAGCUACCUCUGUGUACUGAAUCUCUGCCUUUCAGUACUUCCAACAACUUGCUUAGAUUCCAUUGAACACAUCCUUUGUUUUUUCUUUUUGGUUUUUUUCCAACAUUUAAGACUAUUUCAAAUUGUUUUACAAUGUAGUUUUGUUAGACUCUUUACAAAGUCCUUGUUGAUUGCUUUGGGGCAGCUUAAAUAUUGUGUAUGAGUGUUGGAGGUGUUGGUCUAAAGGGAAUAUCAAGCUAAACUGAAAUACAUAUUUUAAAUUCAUACUUAAUGAAACUGAAUUGUGCACAUCAAUUCUGUUAAGACUGUUAAGAUGUUUGUUUUAUGACUUGCUAUAUGUCUUUAAUAAACAGAAUGGUUUUGAAUUCAAUUUUGUUAAAAGGAAAACAAGAAAAAUAUUUAUCCUUUAGGUCACAUUUUUACCUCUGUUAUCUUUUUUAUUCUUUUGUGGGUGAGCUUUUAAACUUUUUGCUUGUUUUUUAAAACAAAAGCCCAUUAACUGUCUGGAAAUACUUUAUGAAAUUGGGGAAAGAAAGUCAUCAGAAUGCUGCUAACUGUCAUCAAUUGAAAAUUAAUUCAUUGAACCUAAACAGUUUUUCAGUAAAGGUUAGAACAACUCUUUUAAAUUUAACUUUAAAUAUAACUGAUACUAACCAUAAUCAGGCAAAACUGAUGGCAAAUGAAAACUUUGCCUAUGUUACAAUCUAUUUCUGCAUCUCUAUAAACCCAUCCGGUGGUAGCAGUGGAAAAAAACCCACCCAAACAAUAAAACAGCAUUUCAGAGGUCACGGGCAAUGUUAGCACUUUGUGUUGAAUUACUGAAACAUUUUAUUUCCCUUUUUGUGCAUUAAAUUGAAAAGCUUUUGAUAACUCCGGUAACUUAUCAAGAUAAACAUUUUUUCCUGUAGUUAAAAUCAAAGAUGUGGUUGUGUUUUUUUCUCGUUGAUCCUUUAGUUAGCGUGAGCAGGCCAUGUGGUAGAAAGGCAGUCUCAACAGAAGCUGCGCAGUUGUGCUUGUUCACAGAGCAGAAGGAGCUUGGUUGUACAGAAGUAGUCCCCUACAUUACUCUGACAGUCAAGGAAAAAGGAGCUGUUAGUUUUAUUUGUUACAUUUUUUUGUGGAAAUAUCUUGACAGCGGGAGGUUAGAAGGCAAGAUGAAAUAUGGUCUGUCUGCAAGCACAUUGAUUUAUGUGCGAGUGCAUACGUGCAUAAGAGAUGAGCAGUUAUAUAUGUAGAAAUGACUAGAAAGGACCAAGUCCCUGGGAUACAUUUUUUUUUUUUUGCAAGACUGCAUAUGGAGAAAGAGCUACUUUUUUUUGAUGUUAUUCUGCCAUUAAAAAUGAAAUUUCAGACACUGAAUUGUGUUUUGUAUUGAAUCAUAAUCUCAUACAGAACCCUUAAAGCAGACAAUCGUAGCUUUGUAUUUGUAAACUAUAGACUGUUUUGCACUUAAAUAGAUGUUGAUGCAUUUGGGAAUUACAACACAGUAAAGGGCUAAAUCAUAGUUUCUCCAUUUGGUUAUAAUCCAAAUGCAUUUAUAUUACUAUUAUUAUAAAGUGCCAGGAACACAGGCAAUCCCUAGCAAACACGUUAAAUAGACAAGAGACUAAAUUCUGCCCUUGGUUACACUUGCACAUCUCCAGUGCAAGGUUGUUAAGCUGCAGAGCAGUCUCCCCAGGGAAGCUGUUUGAAGAGCCUUGCCAUCCUUCUAGCAAAGCUCAGGGAUAAUGUAGCACAUGAGGAGACUAAAUGAAGAGUAUUUUACUUUAGAUUUGAUGGCCUGCCCUUUCCAGCAUCUUACAAACCAAAUAUCUUUUGUCCCUAUUUCCAUGGGGUAGCCCCAGUCUCCCAGACUAAAACUUACAGCAUCUUGUCAGAACAAUGUCAGGAGAGGGAUGAGGGAUGUGGUCUCCUCUUUGCCAUUUUCUUGCUUCAACCACACUAUUGCUCGUGAUCAUUAGACUGCAGCUUCUAUGAGGAGGCAUUUUGACUUAAAUUCCUCCAAGCUGACGUGUCCUGUUCCUGUAAAAUUCUCAUUCAACAAGGAGCACCCUGCAGGAUGGUAAGGAAUCUUCUGGAGUUUUGUGGACAAGCUGUGAAGGACUAGAGAAAGCAAUGCUGGGAAAUGCAGGUUGGAGGCAUUGCUCCAGGCAAGUCUGCUUUGUGCCGGCAUCUCAAGCUGCAGCAGAGGUCAUGAAAGCAGCCUCUGGAUUGUUCCUCUUGCCAGAAAGGUGGAGAGUGAGAUCUUCAGUGGGAAGUGAAAUUAAAUUUAUUAGUGAUUAAAAGGACAAGAGAGAUGUGUUGGAAACAAUGAAUGCCAACGAGGCCUCUCGGCUGCUCCCCCAAGCAAAUUGCAGUCUCAGUGAAGCAUCGGCUUCUCAGUCCCCCAAACUGCAGUAAUCGAGUCUGGAGCUGAUGGGAGCAUGAGUCACCACUUCAUUUUCUCAUCACUGGAGGCCAAGUUUUCAAAAUAUUUUUAGAUGCAUUUCCACAGAGAUUUCUGCCAGCCAGUGACCUAUAGAGUGACAAGAAAAUGAGCAAAAGCUGCUGCUGAAUCAGGCUUUGCUCCCUGCCACCUACCCUUCUGAUCAUAGGGGCAGGGAGGGCAGGUAAAUCAAAGGCUUUUGGAAUUAUUUCACAGAAAUGAGCCCUGCUGAGCUGUUAGGAACACCUGGAUUUGUUAAGUAACAAAAUAACCUGCGAAUUCCUGGGCUGCCUGGUAAAUUCAGAUGAACUUUGUGUUGCUAGCCCCAGCCAGAAGCAGGUGUGAGAUUAGGACCAGACUGUGACCCAUGCUCGGAGGGACACCCACAGCCAGCAGCUGCAGCCCACGGAAGAGGCCAUGCAUCUCCUAAGGAUCCCGUGCUCAUACAUCUCAUCUGCUCUUUGCCUGGGUUCAAAACUGCCACCUGGCACAACCACUUGUCACCCAGGUAAGAAAAAGGAAAAAAGCCUCUGGGUGGCACCCUGUGUGGGAGGGCUAUAUCUAGUAUAAAGUCACAAAAUCAAAGACUUCCGGAUGUUGGCAUGCUGGUGCUGGUUUGUCUCUGUAAGAGAAAUCUUACUAUUCAUAGUCAGUUUUCUUAUUAAAUAAUUCCAACUUCUAAGGGAAAUCAGCUGUCUGGAAAGGGAAGAAAAUGGAAAGGCAAGACAAUUGAAGGAAAGAAUAAAACUGAAAGGAAAUUGAAGGAAAGACAAUUUCAUUGAUAGGAUUAAAAAAAUUAUGGAGGUCAUGUGAGAACUGGCAUUCUGCCAGGAGAAUUGCAUUAAAUAAAAUUUGAGAUUCCUGUGACAAUAA